AUGACACAAGACAUUUCAAAAGAAGUUCUUGCACUUUCAAUUCAUGUUGCAGCAGCUGCUUCCUAAAUCACUAUAUAAACUCAAUAGCGAAUGACUUUAGUUACAAAUAGUGUUUUAGACAGUGUAGACUAAACUUUGAAGAUUAUCAAUUAAAUAAUGAUGCAUUCUCAAAAAUAAUCUCAUUUGGAUGCUGUUAUUGAAGAAAUUGAUGAUGAUUACGGAAAAGAUUCAAAAACAAAGGAAUGCUAUAUAGAUCAAUAAUAAAAUGCAAUUUAAAAUGAAAGGUUAGACUCAAUUAGAAUUGAAAAUUCAAUUUGUUAAGAAAAUUGUAAUCCAAAUAUAUCAAUCAAAUCAACAAGUUCAAGUUUGUUAAGUGUUUAAAAAUCUAAAUCAAAUAGUUAAAUAAUAGAAGAACAUCCAUCAAAUUAAAAUAUUUCUAAUGAUACUCCAAUGUAAAAGAAGAAAUAAUCACUUCUUUCUUAAUAAUUAUCAUAAAUUAAGGUAGAUAAAGUAAAAGAAGCUCAAGAAUAAAAAGAAUUAAUGCUCUUGAUUGAAUAAGUUGAUCCAUAAGAAUUAAUUACAAAAUUGAAAUCUAUAGAAAUGCUUGAUACAUAUUAAUAAGAAAACACAAAUUAAAUGGAAUCUAUUAUACACUUAGAUGAGCCUCUCAUUAUUUAAAAUGCUGAAUAAGGAUAUAAUGAAAAAAAAUCAUCACCAAAAAAAUCAGAAUGGUAUAACAGUUCUUCAGUUGAAUAUAAAGCUACUUCUUAUAAUACUAAUGAAUCAUCUAAUCUAGAUCAUCAUUCUUAUAAAUGGAAAAGCAGUAGUAUUGAGGAUGAAAAUUUAUUACAAGAUUGUGAUUUUUAAUUUCAAUCCUCAGUUUUUGAUUUCCCAUUUCCAGAAGACUUUUGUACUAAUAGUAUAAAUGUUUUGUAAAAUUUUUAAUAACUUGAAAAACAAAACUAAUUUACUCCUAAAAAGAAAAGAUUAUAUUGUAAUAAUAAGAAGGUUCCUCAUUGGGCUGAAAAUUUAUAAGUAAUACAUUUUCAUAUUCUUUAGAAAGUUUAACAAUAUUAAUCCUAAUAAUAACAUCUAUCCUAACAUGAAAUCUUUGGUAAGAUGAAGGAUAGAGUUUUAGAAAUUGCCAAAUAAUUUUCAGAAAAUAGAUAUUAAAGAAGAGGAAGCUCAGCUUAGUGGUAAAUUCCAAAAUAGACUUUUGAUAUGAUGUAAAAUUAGAUGAAAAAACUCUAAUAAAUUUAAGAUUAAAAUAUUUAAAAAUUGUAGUAAUAUUAAAUAGAUGUAAUAAUAAUUAUUCACUAUUAAAGUCUGCAUAAAAAAAUUAAGGCUUAUUUGCUAAGACAUAAUAUUUUUUAACUAGUAUCAAAAAAAAGAUCCUCAAUUCAUUUGAGAAAGAUUCAAAAUAUAAAAAAUGAAUUUAAAUUUAAUUAUUUUUCAAACCAUAUUGAUUAUCAAACCAAUUUAUAGAUUUCUUAUGAGUAAUAUUUAGAAUAUAAAUAAUUAAAAUUAUAUAUGUUUAAUUUUAAAACAAAGUUAGAGUAAUAUAUUUAUUUUUAGAUAUUAAAAUUCUCAGGGAUAGAGGAAAUUUGAACAAUUAUUUGAGGCUUAUUUUGAUCCAGAAAACUAAAAUAAAACAUCAAGCUAUUUAUCAAUUUUGAAGAAGUAUAUUUUACUUAUUAUAAAUUAAGAAAUAAAUAAAUUAGAUUUUUAACAAGGGCAUUUGUUUUUACAUUUCCAAUUGUAUUUGGAUUGUAUUUACUGCCUGGAAAUCAAUUUAUGAUUCAAAUUGAAAUUAAAAAGUUUGUUAGAAAAUCUAUUGUUCAAUUUUACAAAUUUAUUUAUGAUUAUUCUGAUCUAUCAUAGUAAGUAUCAUAUUCUAUAUGAUUUAAGAAAAUCGGCUUUUUCGCAACAAUAUAUUUUAGCUUUAAAUUAAUAAUAUAUGUAUUUUGAUGAAUAACAACUAAAAAAUGAAGGGAUGUUCUAAGACAUUAUUAAAUAAUAUAUAUUUAUAUUGAAUGGUAUAAAAUCUAAUUAAUAAAGAAGAAGAUCAAAAUUAAUUAGAGUUUGCAUUGUUACAUUUAGAUGAGUUAUUUUCAAAAGUAUUGGAAUAAAACAGAUAUCAUUAUUUUAUUGAGAAUACAACAUUAUUGAUAGAUUUAUUAGAUAUUUUAGCAAGGAAAGUUCCUGAUUUGAAUGAUGCUCAACUCUAAUUUAAAUAUUAAUUUGAAGUUUAAAAGUUAGAGCCAAUAACAACAUUAUUUUGUGCUUUAUUUUAAUACUGUUUAAAGUAGAAUGAAAGGAUAGAAAUAUAUUAGUAUUGCAUAAUGUUCUUAAAAAAGAAUUUGAUUAUGGCCUUAUUGUUAAAAUAGCAAUUGAAUUUAUUAUUGCCAAUAUUUUAUAAGGAUUUAGCGAUAUAGGAUGAUUAGAUAAAUUUGAUUACGAUAAAGUUUUUAAUUGAGUUUUAGAAAAGUUUAUGUAUAAAUUAGAAUAAUAAAAGAAAGUAGCGAUUUAUUAGAUAAAUUAUUGAAAGAUCAAUUAUUUUCAAAUUUGAUAAGUGUUUUAGAUAGAAAGUCUGCUGAGUUUAGAAUGGAACUGUUAAAUUUAAUAAGAAUGGUGAACGAGAAUCAAGAGACUUGUUAUUUAAUGAAAGAGACAAAGAUAUAUGAGGAAGAGAAGAUUAGAUUGUAGAAUUUAAAAGUAAAUAAAGAGUUAUAAAUGAUUAUAAAAUAAUUGAUAUAAUGAU